AUGACGCCCAUGGAGGUCUACAAGCUCGAGUCCGCCAAAUGCCUUUCCGAUGACCCGCUCUGCGAGAAGGUGAAGCACUGCAUGGACCAGGCGGCGUUGGCCUCCUUGAGCGCCUCUGUGUCGGCCAAAGGCUCAGCGUUAGGAGCGGCUCCCAAGACGCGGCUCGGGAAGAUGAAGGCCUCCAUGGAGUCCUUGCUGGGAGCGGCUCAGCUGAUGUUUAGCUUUGAAAGUCCGCUGGCACAGUGCCGGCGAAGACCGCCGCAGAGGCCCUUCGGUCGGGAGGUGCGCUUUCCUGCCACUCGCCUCAACGUGGAUCAACGUGGACGUGCACACGCAGGUUAUGCCAAGGUUAUGCCAAGGUUUAAAUCGCUGUCAUUCUGCGCCAAACUGGGUGGAUCCUGGCCCCAGGGCCGAAGUGGACUGGGCCUGGUGGCGCUGGCCUUCUUCGGUGCCGUCGUGGCUUCUAGAAGCUUCGUGGUGGCACCUGUGCCUGAGCAUCAACCCAGCUCCCGAAGAGGCGUUUUGGGAGCUUUGGUUGCGCUUCCCGUGAGCUUGGCCGCUGCGCCAGCCUUCGCAGCGGCGGGUGCGACCCUGGCCUCGAAAUUGGAGGUGUCAGGCAUUGGUGGCCCACGAGGGAAGCAACUCAAUGGCCUGUGGGACAUCGUGGAGGGAAAGCGAAUUAACGAGCGCGCGGUGUACAAGAAGGGUGACCAGGAGCUGUACCUUAUGUUCAACAACUGCGAGCAGUUUCAGAUCUCCACCAAGCCGUCGGGCGAGUGCAACGGCUUUGCGCAGGAGACUAAGGGCGCCUGGACCAUGGAUGGCGAGAAGUCCUCCCUGAAGAUCAAACCAGUAAGAUCGAAGGAAGAACAGGCUCAACAGCCUAAGCCCAAGGCGCCCAAGGGCCCUUCGCUGUCCUUCAGCCUGCCGGGUGUGCCGAAGCUGGCCGAGGGAUCGGCUGAAGAGGAUGACUCCGGAUUCAAUGUGGAGGAAUACUUGCAGUCUAAGGGCUCCAAGCAGGGCUUGGGCACCGGUUUCAGCUCCUCCAGCGGAGCGCUGGCGAGUUUCUUCACCAUGGAGGAAGAUGAGCAGAAGAUUGCUGACAGCCUUGAAUCGAAGCUCAGUGGCCGUAUGACGGGCUUGACCAAGAAGCGAUGCCACUUGCAUCACUUUUUCCUGAUUGACCUCGUGGCUCGAGGGGGUGUUUCACUGGCGAGCCCGGGUCAUUGGAGAUUCACCAUGAAUCCCGCUCUGUCAAAGCGGAUCACCAUGAGCAGCAUCAGGAGGUUUGCGUUGCCUCCGUUGUGUUUGACUCUGGGUAUUGGAAGUUUGGCCAGCCUUUAUGUUUGGCUAGCAGCUUGGGAUUUGCUGAAGAUUGGGAUUUGGCUGCUGCUAUUUACGAUGUUUGCUUGGUCUUUGCUGAAGACAGUCACCACACAUCCCGGGACCACACCAGAUGUCUUUCAAGUUGAAGGAGAAUCAGGAGGAGAGUCAGCAUUCUACGCAUACAAGACCAAGAAAACGGGCGAAGUAAGAGUGUGCAAAUGGUGCAAGAAGUUGAAGCCGGACAGGUGUCACCACUGCAGAAAGUGUAAAAUGUGUGUCUUGAAGAUGGACCAUCACUGUCCUUGGGUCAAAAACUGCAUUGGAUUUUACAAUUACAAGUUCUUCCUGUUGCUCAUCAUGUACGCAUCUGCUUUGUGCUUGUUCAUGCUCUUCACGAUGGCUAUGUCUACAUUUCGUUUCUGCAGUAAAGCCGCCCCACUUUGGCUGAAGAUCCUUGUGUGCUUGGGCCAGCUACUGAUUCUGUUGCUGAGCAUUGCUUUGCCACUCUUCACGGCGUUUCACAUUCAUCUCGUAAAGGGGGGCUAUACAACCAUCGAAUAUUGCGAGAAAAAGCUUCGGCUUCGCAAGAAUAAACAGCCUAAGGACAGGAAAAGUGGAGAAUCAACUCCACCCAUUCGGUUCGUUUCCUACAACUUGGGUCCUUGGCAGAACUUCGUUGCGAUCUUUGGCGAGAACAAAUGGUUGUGGCCGUUUCCUCUGGCCCGACAGCCACCUGGGGAUGGCAUUACUUUCCCGACACCAUUGUCCAGUCAGUCCAGUCGUGAGAGCACAGGGUUGUUGAGUGCUGAGAGGGGUCAUUGGAGAUUCACCAUGAAUCCCGCUCUGUCAAAGCGGAUCACCAUGAGCAGCAUCAGGGUGUGGCCCGAUUUGGCCAACAUGCCCGGUGUGGACGCAGCUCCCACGCCCCAAGCGCCCAAUGAAGAGGAAGAGGAGCUAGAAGAGCCGCAGAUGUCCGCUUGUUUCGCAGAGCGGGACGACGUUUCAGAAGGAUCACCUGCAGAGAUGGCUGAGAAGGCCACGGGAAGUGGCGAUAAGCCGCUGGCCGAAGCCGGCACUGAGGCCAUGGAGGCAGAGGAAGCUGCCGAAGCUGCUGAGAUACCAGCAGGCGGCAGUGAGGCUGGGGAAGGUGAGGCAGAGGAGAAGGACGAGCAAGUCAUCCCCCCAAGUGUAAGUACUACAUGGUCAGAGGAUGUUCGACAAGGAUCAUCUUCAGAGGUGCCCCUGGGCCAACCUCAACCUGCAUCUGAAGAGACGCCAGAGGAACAGGCUGCAAUGGCUGCCACGGAAGUGGAAGCCGACAAGGAAGAGGAGAAGGUUGGCAUGGAAGUUGAGGCGGAGAAAGAUGAAGAGGAGUGGGUCAAUAUUCCUGGUGCUCCGCAAGAACUAACGCCGGCCAUGCCCAGCGAUGCGGAAGAGGAGCCCGAGGAAUCCAUCGAUGACACCUUGCAGUUGAUGUUGGAGAUCUCUGAGCAAGAACCAGGCACCAAGCAGCACGUCUUCGCUGACUCAGUAGCAGAGAAGCCACCCGUGGAGGAGGAACUGCCGCCGAAAGAGGCUCCUUCGCCCCAACAGAAAUUGCUCGAAGCCGAGCCGCAGGCAGCAAAAGCUCCCCCUGCGGCCCAGGAGGUGAGUCUCUGGGGGAUGGAUGAUGUGGUUUUUAUGAUGCGAUUCUGGGACCCACCUCCCUUGAGAUGA